CGUUGGCUGAUUUGGUCCGCUGCGCCCCCAUUGGCCAGGGCCUCCAUGAGAUCGCCAGCGAGGACCCCAUCCGAGUCACUUUUUUUCUCUGGCCCCGGGCGUGGCUUUGCUGUCGUUUGUCUUGGUUGCCAUUUGGCCCUUGCCAUGGCCACCAAAGCCGGCCGGUCGAGGCGUCCGCACCUGUCCGGUCGCCCACCCGCACCGAGCUCUGCAUAAAACCUCACCCAUCACCCGCUCGGUCCUGCAUCUUCACCAUCCGCGCAGAGUUGGCUGCAAGCUCGCAUCGACGAACUCGAAUCGCCUUCCUCUGCGUUCUGCACCCUCUGCUUCCCACUUGCUUUGGGGCCGUGCCUGGAUCGCUCCUCAUACUCUUCGCUCCCCUGUUCUCGUCCAAGUGUAUCCUGCUCUUGCGCUGAACAGCUUUCCGUAUCUCUCCGUCCAAAGCUACCUCCCCUCGAAUCACAGUUGAUGCACCAUGGGAUACUUUUCAAUCCCCAUCUUCUUUGUCAUCUUCCGCGAGACCUUUGAGGCCGCCAUCAUCGUCUCGGUCCUCCUGACGUUCAUCGCCCAAGCGUUCCCGGAUCCCAUCAUCUCCAAACACCUCCGCAAACAAGUGUGGAUCGGAACGGCCUUGGGUCUGCUUGUCAGCUUGAUCAUCGGCGCCGUCUUCAUUGCCAUCUUCUAUCUGGCUGCCAACAGCGCCAAUGCCUGGUCCCAGAACGAGCUGGCUUGGGAAGGCAGCUUCUCGCUGAUCGCCUCGUUCCUGAUCGGCGGCAUGAGCUUGACAAUGCUGGCCUCCGAGUCCAAGCGCGACCACUGGAAAGACAAGCUCGAAAAGUCCCUGAACACCAACGAGAAGCGCCCGACCGUGCGGGGCAAGGGCAAAUACGCCCUGAUGCUCCUGCCCUUUGUCUCGGUCGUGCGUGAAGGUGUCGAGGGUGUUCUCAUCGUCGGCGGAGUUUCGCUUACGGACGACGUCAGGGCUAUUCCACUGGCCACCAUCUGCGGCAUCCUUUUGGGCUGUCUGAUCGGAUACAUCAUGUACAAGGGUGGCCGAAAGAUCCAGCUCAAGUGGUUCUUCAUCUGCAGCACCGCUGUGAUGCUGCUGAUGGGCUCGGGUCUCUUCUCAAAGGGCGUCUACCUCCUCGAGGCCCAGAUGUUCUCCCGCAACCUCGGUUUGGCCGAUCCCGACAGUGCCGUUGGCACCCCUCUUGUCGAUGUGCGAUCCACGCUGUGGUAUCUCAAUUGCUGCAAUCCGAUGCUCAAGACAUCCGACAACAUCGGCUGGCAAAUCUUCAACGCGCUCUUGGGCUGGAACAACGUUGCCACCAUCGGCUCUGUUGUUGGGUACUGCGUCUACUGGCUGGUGACCAUAGUUAGCUUUUCCAUCAUGAAGCUAUAUCGAAAGCGCCAAAGCCAGAGCGCCAACUCAGAGUCUCAGCUGGUCGAGAGCCUUGAUCCAAACCAAAGCGAGUCCGUUGUUACUCCACAGCACGUCGUUGAGCGUCAAGAUUAGCCCACCGACCGUUGGCUAUGACACCGCAUCCUCACAUUCGAGAUGGUUCGCAGACCAUCCUGCAAUCCUAUGGCUUUCACUUUUCAUGUAUCUGAUAUGACUCGAUCCACACUGUUCUCAUACCAUUCACCAUUUAUGUGUAUUUCAAACAAACUAUGACGCUCGUCGCUAUCGGUCGAUCCGAUCGUUUUGCCAAAUGAUCAAGCACCACUCAUUGGCUCAAAAACAACAACGAACACUUUAAAACUGAUAGAUUUUGACCGCUAACUACGAAACGACGAGGAUGAGCCCAGCCUGAAUUGGGGCAGAGUAUCCUCGUCGUCCAGGCCAGUACCCGUUCAUAAUGUGCAUCGAUUCAGGCUGAUAUUGAUUCUUGGGCAAGGGUAAGAGCGGGCCAGCAUCGACAACAACCCUGUCUGCCAUGAGCGAUGAAAAAUAUAUAUCCAUCCACAAACUCACCAAGCA